GUAUUUAUUUAGUAAUAGUAGUAGUAGUAGUAGUAGUAAUAGUAGUAGUAUCAGCAGUUGUAGUAAUCCACGGGUAAUUCCCUCCUUCCUCUUUUCGGCCCACACACACUACCUACUUAUAAACGUUCGUAUGCAGCAGCUGAUCGACGCCGCGGCCCCUGCGAGCGCGUGUUGUUGGUAGUUGGUUAUUAUUUGUUUUUUUUUUUUUUGUUUGCUCUCAAUGUUCAAUGUUCAUUAAUCCCAUUAGCUACAGACGGUUAUUAAUUGAUAUAACGUUCUUGUCAUCUAAUUUUUUUUAAAUUUUGAUUUCGAUUUGAAUUUCGUCGCGUUUUCUUCCCGUCCGCCACCCGUGUCUCUUGCACUCGCGUGCUCUCGAAUUCCCGCCGUCCCGCAACGAUAAAAACAACAACAACAAUAAUAAUAAUAAAUAUAAUGUCUCCGUCAAAGUCGGUGUCGUACGCUGUGGCGGUCAGUCUGGUCAGUGGCCUGUUGCCGUGAAUGGAGUCGUGUGUGCAACAGUUUAAUACGUUUCGUUACACACCGUUAUUAUCACCGUAGGUGUGAAAAGUGGGUACAGAGCGUGGCUGUCGUCCAUUACUUCCGAUAACGACCGAGUGACCGAUCAUCGGGGUUUUGUUUUUUUCGCCUCGUCGUCGAUAAUCGUCCUGCUGACGGUGUUGUGCUCCCCCCCACGACUGUUCGGACCCCUUCGUAUCCAUUACACCCGUGACUGCCGAUCGCGGUGACAAACGCAGCGGCAGUAACGUUUGCGCUCGCAAUCAAGCGAAAUAUGAACAGUGAAAAUGUGGUGUUUAGUGAGCCAACCGAACGCAGUCGUUAUAGAAGUCAGGCUCGACCACAAAGCAAAAGGUCUGGAGUGCCUGGAGAAGGUAUGUGAAUGUUUGGGCAUCAACAAAGAAUGUGAUUACUUUGGAUUACAGUACAAAACUGUCAAAGGGCAAGAUGUUUGGUUAAAUCUAAGAAAUUUGAUUGAACAUCAAGUGGCCGGAGUUCAUCCGUAUCGUUUUGCACUCAGAGUGAAAUUUUGGGUACCACCACAUUUAUUAUUACAAGAAUCUACCCGCCAUCAGUUUUAUUUGCAUGCCAAGUUAGAGCUAUGUGAAGGGCGUUUAAGACCGAAAGAUAGCCAAGCAAUAUGUAAAACUAUUGCAUUGUUGGCACAGGCUGAAUUUGGUGAAUGCGAUGACUCGGUUGCUCUUGUUCAGUUUUACGCCUAUUGGUGUGAACAUUUGGGCGCACCUAAAGAAGACGAUGAGUUUAUCAUUGAUCAUAUUCAAAAUCUUCAGUCUGAAAUGAAAAGUAUGAAACAAACAACUGCUGAAUAUUGGUUGAUCAAAGAAAUCUCUGGUCUACAAAACUUUGGUGAAGAAGUAUUUGAAGGCAGAACAACAAAUGGUUCUUCAGUAUUGGUGGGAGUUGGACCACAUGGUAUUAGUUUGGAGCACCCAGAUCAAGCUGAUCAUGAAAAACAAAUGAUUCCUUAUACUGCGAUCCGCAGUGCUGCCAGCCAUCGUCGUGUAUUUGAGAUGUGGUAUUUGGCAGGUGUUGAACAUUCCGAAACACUAAUUGUAUUGAAAUUAGAAUCUAGUCUGGGUGCAAAUACUCUUUAUAGAGCACUCACAGAGAAACAUGCAUUCUAUAGUUGUGAAACGGUUAGAGGCGCUGUUACAUCACAAUAUAUCAGGGAUCUCAAGGGUACAAUUAUAUCUAUAUUUAAUGAAGAUUCACCAUUAGGAAAAAAAUAUGUGUUUGACAUACAGAGGACCUGCCGUGAAGUUCAUGAUAAUGCACGCCGUGCACUCUAUGAAAAGCAAAACAAAGUCACACCAUCCAGCUCUACAGCUGUACUGAGUUCGCCUGAACCCGAGCCAACUACUUCACAGGAUAGCUACAAACUAGCCAAACUCAUUGAUGCACUUACAUGUAGAAUUUGCAUGGAUGCCACUAUUGAUCAUGUAUUUUUCCCAUGUGGUCAUGUUAUUGCAUGUGGAACAUGUGUUAAACGAUGUGAAACUUGCCCACUGUGUCGAGGUGCCAUUGAUGAAUCCAGGCAUGUGUUUAUUCCGACUUUAGCUGACUUGCCAGGUCUUCAUCAUUGAUGAUGUAACCGAGUAAAGUAUGUUCAAGUCAUGAUGACUUGUAAUGGGCGCAUUGUCGUCAAAAUUGACCUCGAAGCAUGAAUGUCUGUGAUAAUGCUAAUAUAUCAAAACUUCCUAUACUUUCAUACUUAUUUAUUUUUAUAAAAUAAAAUUUUUUUAUGGUAUUGAUGUGAAAAAUGGAAAGGAAAUUUCAUUUGUAUCAUUUACAUGUUGUUUAUAAUUCAUUUAGUUUAAGGUAAUAUAUUUUUAAGUAUACUUUUUAUACAAACUCAUAAUUAAAUUUAAGUUUUUGUGUUACCAUUAAACUAUUAAUUUGUAUAAUUCAGAUAGAUGACACAAUUGUUUGUUAAUACAAACAUAUGUAUACUUAAACUUUAUUAUUGAAGUUAAAUAAGUACAAUUCAAAUUAUGAGUAUUUAAAGUUG